UCGUUUUUAAAGUCUAUAAAUGUGAGGGUGGUUUCUCAAAGGACAAUCCAGCAGCCGAGCUGGCCACAUGUAUAAUUGACGAUGAUCAGUUCAGGACACUCAUUGAACAUGGAGAUUGGUUGAAUAUCAAGUUCAAGUCAUCAUCUGGGGGUUUCCAACAGUUGGUCAAUAUAGAUCAACAGAGGAGGCCAUAUGCUCGGAAAUACUACAAAGGUCUGCAAGAUAUUCGAGAGGUACAAUUCAAUUUCGACUUCAUAGCCCCUAAACAUUGUCUAGAAACAAAAACAUGUAACUCAUGGUCAGACAUACUCCGUGUCGACAAGGAAUUCACAAAGGAUCCUAUAAAGAUUCUCUGGUCCGGAUGGAUUGAUGAAUUAUGUGGCGUUUGGGAAUAUUACGUAGAAGUGUUUAAACUAACACCAGAUCGAUAUGACAAACUUAUUGAAGCAGAACCUUUGAAGCCUGUGUUUAAGGAAACCAUUACACACAAUAGAAACAUUGUCUAUCCUUCUUACAAGCCGGAAGAACCGGGCAUGUACAGUGUUUUGAUGGAAACUAGAGACUUUGCAAAUAACUCAAGAAUAGCGCGGAGACUUGUUUUGUUUGAUGACCAAUCGGACAUUACCCUCAAUGAAAACCCUGACGGAAAACUGUACGUGAGUUCAGCUGUUAAUGAAACUGGAUAUAUGUGGCAGACUUCAAGUGAAGGAAAUGAUGUAACUAUCGAUGUAGCCUGGUCAAAUCAUUUUAUUAAUAGGAUAAUUGAAGACAAUAAGUUGCUUUAUCGUGUUGACUCAUAUCCAAUCCAAUUCAAGGAAAUUGAAGAUGAUGGCAUACGUUCUAGUCAAAAAUUCGUACCCGAUUCCUUAGACGACAACGAAGGAAAUCGAACACUUGAAGCUAUUGAAAACUUUCACGGAAUCGUAAAAUUUGAAGUAGCAACUGUUCUAUCAAUAGAUGACGAGGAACCAAAGUCCACAUGGAAAAUUUUGGAAACAUUUCAAGAGAAAACCUCAAUUAAGUUGAAACUACAGGAGGGAAGCCGUGUACGUGUGUGGGUCCGAGCGACAGAUGUAAUGGGAAAUAUAAAAACAGACAGUACUUUGGUAAUGUUUGAUAAUACAGAACCUACGAUAUCUUCUCCCGGGGAUGGCCACAUGUUUGAACCGAACAUUGAAAGUACAAAAUUUAAUUUCUCUUCGAGGAUAAAGUUCAUUGCCAUUGACAGAGAGAGUGGCGUACAUAAGAUUGGAUUUUCUAUCACAAUUAAAACUACAGGCAAGGAAGACAGGGUUAUAUAUGAAGGCUCUGCACCAGCAUCGAUUUCAAAUUCCAUUGAUUACCCAUGUUUUGUGAUAGAAGGGAUGUGUUUUAAACCGUACCAGAAUUUAUAUUUGGAUAACUGCUGGUUCAUGGUUAGCAAGAGUGAUCUUGACAAUAGUAUAGCUUCUGUUAAAGUUUAUGCAUAUAACCAAGCCCUACUAAAUAAAUCCGUGACGUUUGACAUUGGACCUGUGAAAAAUCUUCAGGGAAUCGAAAAAUAUCCUGAAAAUAUACGUAUAGAAUCUCCAACCACAGACGGCUUCCGUGUCGCCUGGGACAUUCCUAAGACUGCAUCCUGUUAUGAAAAGACGGAAACAGUAUUGAUUCUCCUUAAAAAGGAUGGCAAAGAUCCGAUCCAGACAUAUUAUACUUCUGGUUCAAGCAAAUAUUAUGAUAUCACUGGUCUUGAUAGUGCCACAGAAUACCAAGUCAAUUUCGGAAUGAAAAUACCACAAGCUUAUGCAAUUCAGCAAACAUAUAUUUCAUUACCUGCGGAAACAGGAUCAAUUGAGGGACCUGCUGUAGCAGAAAGUAACAUAGGACUUAUAAUAGGGGUGAUUGUUGGUAUAGUGGUUCUUCUAGUUGUCGUUAUUGUUGUUAUGAUCUUCCUAAUCAGACGUGGCAAAAGGUUUCGAAGUGUUCGGAGAGCCAUCACCCAGAGGGUAAGAAACACAACACACAAAGGACAUGCAGAACCAAGAGGAAAAAUGGAUUGUGAUAACCAGGAAAGUGAAUUGUAUAUGUUCGGUGGUAUGGAUGUGCAAGCACCACAGCUAUGGCACGUAAACAGGAACGAUAUUACUUUUGAAGCAUUGAUCAAAAAUGGACACUUUGCUAACAUCUAUAAAGCUAGACUUAAAUCCGGAAGAAAUUCUGUAGAUCUAGUUGUAGCAAAAACAUUAAAAGAACAAUUUACACCUGAAGACGAGUCACUUAUGAAAGCUAAAAUCAAUUUCACUGUUGAGAAAGUCGGAAGUCAUUCCAAUGUCCUGGAGUUUAUUGGCGCUGUUGUACAUGAUGAUACUAUGGGGCCAUUUAUGAUUUACGAGUACUGCGAGAAUGGAAUAUUGAGGGAUUACUUAGUCGAAAGAAAAGACAACGUUUCCAUGGAAUUAAAAGGAAACCUUUUCCAAUUUGGUCUGGGCAUUGCUAAAGGAAUGGAAUUUCUAUCUGGAAAGGGGAUUGUUCAUCGGCGUUUGGCUGCUCAAAAUAUUCUUCUGAAUUCCCAAAACGAGGUGAAAAUUUAUGGCUUUGGACCACAGUCUUUGGAAGAAGAAGAAGAAGGAGAUGCUGAAAAAGGAGAGAUGGAGAACAAAGUAUUAAAAUGGAUGGCGCCCGAGUGCAUGGAAUCUUUCCGUUAUGCAACAGAAAAAGGUGAUGUUUGGUCAUUCGGUGUAGUUUUGUGGGAAAUUUUCUCCCUAGGGGACAUACCAUAUCCUGGAAAAGAUAUUGAUCUCCCAAAACGACUGGAGGAAGGAGAACGCCUUGAACAGCCAGAACACUGUGAUGACACAUGGUAUGCAGUCAUGAAGAAAUGUUGGUCAUAUGAAGCAAGUAAAAGACCGACAUUCGAGUCUGUUAGACAAGAACUGGAUAAUCUGCAUACAGCGGCAAAUUAUGUCAUUCUGAUAAACCCAGACUUAAGUCAAGAAAAGAAAGGACUAACAACAAAGAAGCAUGAUAAUAUCAAUACUUUUACUGAAGACCAAGACACGUCAGAAAUAUAACAAUCAGAAAUGAUUACAUGACUAAGAAUGCAAACAAAGUAUACAAUAGAAAGAAAAUCGUAUUAAUGAGCAAAUCAUAGCAUAAGUGAAUACAACAAUUCCGCACAUAACAAUUAAGCAUCAGAAUUAAAAAGCACUUUAAACAUCACAAUACUAAACAUCAAAAAAUACAUCAAAGCACAAAUAAUACAUUCACAUUCCAACAUUUAACAUAACAAGCAAUAAUAAAAAUGGGUGGGAGGGAGUGGCGAAGUUGAAGAACAACUAAUGAAAUGACUUGUACCUAAACGUGUCUUACAAAAACUGUGCAGUUUUCGCGCAAUGUUGAAUAUUUAUAGACGGUGUAAGAAUACAAAAAUUCAAUGAACCAAAACAGUUAACCCACGUAAAUACAAAUGACGUCAUCAACACUAAUAAUAGAUAAGGAAAAUCACACGCCAAUCCAUAAUUAAAAGAUUUUCUAGGUAGAAAAUGCUGUAAAUGAUGAUGACUUAUGACCGACAAGAACUGGAUAACUUGAAUUAAGUGGCAUAUGAUGAUGGGUCAUUUUACAGGCGAUACUUGAAAUUAAGAUUGGAUGCAAUUAGUUGAUUCAACUACACAUAUUACCGAAUGCUGAGCGAAAAAGGACUUGACACAUGCAAGAAAAUGCAUGGCUUAAUAAGAUUUGUGCAUUUAGUAAAUUGUACUGAUAUGACGUUAGUUGAGAAAUAUCUAAAGUGAAAGUUGCAGAAAGAAUGAUUCAUUAACUUCUACGUAAUUUGGAAAGAUGAUUGCAUGCUCUAACCAGUUUGUGUUACCUGUAAAUAACUUGUACAUAUAAAACAUACAUCAACAUUUUAUUAUAUUAGUAUACAUGCUUUUCCUAAUAUACACGCUGCACACGUAAGCGCUUCUGCGACUCAACGGAAAGAAAAAUCCGUAUUAUAUUUGUGACGGUACUAUAUAAUUAUGAAAGUUCCGGACUAUUUUUCUCCUUUGGUUCCUAUCUAAGCUGUGCAUCACGUCUUUUUUGGAAACGGGUACCGAUGCUACAAAGAGCUUGACUUUUUUUUGGAAAAAUGAUGUAUUCAUCCGUCAUUUAGGAAUAUUAUUUCUUGACAGCCAUAUUUUUGUUUGUGAAAUAACAAAUAGAAGUCUAGUAAAUGGAAUCUCUAUAUGUCUUAGAAUUUAUAUAAGUAUUUAAUUAAAGAAAAACCGUAUUGUGACAAUGUAUUUUGCUACUAGCAGCGUGUGAAAACCUUUGGUCACGCGAGAUAUCCAUUUUCGCUGCCCGAAGCAAAAUACAAAACCUCAGAAAGCUACUACAACAUAUUUUUCCGUAUUUUUAACACUUGCUAUGUAUUAAGAAUAAAAUCAAAUAUCUACACGGUGAAAACUGAUUAUAAUAAAUCCCUGGUCAUAUAAUAUGCCAAUCAUUCUAACUAAAGAAAGGAGAACAUAAAAUAACACCAUGAUACAAUUUUUCUUACAUCACAAAUGUGUUUUUUUUCCCGAAUAAAAUACUAGUAACAUGUUUUGGCAACAAAGUUCACAAUAAUUUUUCUCUGACAAAAUAUUUUAGCUUAUUCUCAGUCUCGAAAUUAUCAGAGCCUUCAUAUUGAGUUUAUACCUCUGACAAAAGCUACAUGUUUUUCAUUUUCUUAACUCAGGAGUGGUAUCUAUAUAUCUUCAUAUUUCAACGUUAAAGAUCCUGUAACACAAUUUUUUAUGGUUUCAAAUAAUAAAUAUGAUACUCAAAUUAAGAUUUAUCAAUAUUGUGGGUUCCAAAAAGCAUUAUUCAUAAAGAUAUAUCCGAAUUUAACAUUUCAUGUAAGUAAAGGAAGGUAAUAAAAAUUUAUUUUCUAUAAUGUUUAAGUCAAAUUUUACGAUAAGAAAUGAAUGCAUAUAUUUAAAUGAUUACAUAUAAUAUGCAAAAAUAUUUGCAGUGCAUAUUUUACAUAUUCUUUGAUGUUUGAAAAUUGUUUUAUUUGCAUACUUAUGUACAUAUAUAUAAUUUCACUUAGUGUGGUAUCACAAGAUACAGGAUCAGUAUGUACGUAUUAGUAUUGGCGAAAAUACUUGGCUAAUGUUUGCAGGAGUCUACAUUUCUAUAUAAUAGAAUCUUCUUUAAAUAAAUUUUAAACGAAACUUUAAUUGAUUGUUUUCUGUUAAUAUCAUAUAUUAACAGUGUUCAGGAAAUUAAAGCUAGAUUGUCGAUUGACGUUUCUGUAUAUAAGUAAUAAUAAUAAUAGAUUUAUUGUAAACAUUAUUGUAAGACUUCAUAUUGGAAGUAAACACAUUUUACCAAUCACCACCUGUGCCUCUCAUCAUUCACUAAGAUUUAUAUUGGUGUAUUUUGCUUUUUGUUUCGCUAAUUGCUUCAUUUUGAAUAUUAUAAUAAACUUUGCUUGAUAUAACAAACGUUAGUUGUUA